CAGCGCCUCAAAAGGACAAGAUGACGUUUGGAUCAGUAGCUACACUUCUUACUGUUCCUCUCUUGUGUGCGACUUUUUUCGCCUCAGUCACCUCGGUAUGCGACACGGACUACAUGUACAAAGAGAAAGAGGUGUGGAACUGGUUCAAGUUCCAAAAGCUGGAUUCCAGUGGUAGGGCAAAGUGUGCAGUUGAUGGAGCUUUCAUCAACGGCUUUCGGAGACAGACCGUCUAUAAAGACAACACCACUAAGGACGGCAUCACUGGACUAAGGGCUAUGUGCUGCAGACAGGCGGAUUUUAUGAAAGAUGUGGGCUGUGUACAUAAAGACUGGUCAAGUCAACGAUAUAAGUAAGUUUUUCUUUGGGACAGGGUUUCUGAAUUCAAAAUAUUCGUUGGCUGCAGGCGCCAAGAAAUAC